CGUUUGACGUACAAUUGACAGAUUGGGGUUAGUGAACCCUUACUCCAAUUUUCAAAGAAAGUUAUUUAUUUUUGUAAACACAAACGUGUGAAGGCCAAAAGUACAAUAAUAACGUUAAGUGUGAAAAUGUCCUCAAGUGCAACGUUAAUUUCCCAAGACGUGGAGGACUACAACGAAUCCGAAAACACCGAUGAUUUGGAACAAACUUUAGUAUUAGCGGCUCAAGAUGCGGACGCACGAAGUAACGAGCUUCAAACAGACACCAGUUACAGGGAAGAGGUCGAGGAAGAAGUUGCACAGCCAGAACCCCAAUCAACAAGCAGUUACAAAGCAAAACGAAAACACGAGGACGAAGAACCGGCCCCGAAACACUUGAAAACAAACGAGGGGCAAGCCGUUGGCCGAACGAGUGAAGGGUAUGCCAAGGUGGUGGCGACCCAUUAUAACCUCUUGGAGGAAAAAGGUCUGGAUGAGCGGUCAAAAUCGCGCAUAGUUUACAUGAGGAACUUCCAUAAUUGGAUCAAGAGUAUGCUGAUAAACGAAUAUUUGACGAAAAUUAAAGACGGGAAGAAGCACAACGCGCCUGUGCGCGUGUUGGACAUGUGUUGCGGCAAAGGGGGCGACCUCCUCAAGUGGCGGAAAGGCAACAUCACCCAUUUGAUUUGCAGCGACAUUGCUUCCGUCUCUUUGGACCAAUGUAGAUCGCGCUACAACGACAUGAAAGAGCGGAGCAGUCGCGAGCGCAACGGGGGAAACAUCUACUCCAUCGAGUACAUAGCUGGGGACUGUUCCCGCGUAAGACUGCGCGAAAAAUACACCGACCCUUCCAUGAAGCUCGACCUGGUCAGCUGCCAGUUUGCUUUUCACUACAGUUUCGAGAGUUUGCCCCAAGCUGAGUGCAUGAUACGUAACGCCUCCGAGUGUCUCCAGCCUGGGGGCUUCUUCAUUGGGACAAUACCAGACGCCAAUGAUCUCAUUGCGAGGGCGCGGAGAGCCGACGCAAACACGUUCGGAAACGACGUCUAUCAAGUGCAUUUCGACUGUGAUGUAAACAAACCACCGCUUUUUGGUGCUAAAUACAAUUUUCAUCUGGACGGCGUGGUGGAUUGUCCAGAGUUUUUGGUUCAUUUUCCUACGUUAAUCAAAUUAGCCAGAAAGUAUGGCUUGAAAUUUGUCAAAAAGGAAAAGUUUUACGAUUAUUAUGAACAAAUGAAAAAUGAGGGAAGACAGCUGCUUAUUAAUAUGAAAAGUCUUGAAACGUAUCCUCCUUACGACAAUACCCCACUGCUGGGGACUGAUCCUGGGGAUUAUAUUCAUGCUGAGGAAUUUUUGAAGAAAGAGGGCAAAAAUGGAAAAAUUGGGACGUUGUCCAAGUCAGAGUGGGAGGCUUCUUCCUUGUAUAUGCUGUUUGUCUUUGAAAAGGUGAAGAAUACGUGGAAUACGGAUGGCACACCUGUUUAUGAUAUAUAAGUAGUAAACCAAAUGUACAGUUUUAGUACAAGAAGACUAUUAUUUAUUGAAAUAAUAAAACUGGUGACUUUUA